AUGUAUGGUUCAUUCAUGAUGUGGUCUCUGGUCGAGGUCUUGCAGUUUUACCGUCUGACCCGACUGCCUCAAUGCAUUGAACAUGUGUUUGCUUCCAUUGCCUUCCUAAACGUAGGGUUUCUUUUCUUCUUUCACUUGCAAGGGAGAACUGAAAUAGACAAGGUGUUCCAUCACGUUGUUAUGGUCAUAACUUUUACAUCAGCCGUUGUUUUCCUACUUGAAGCAUGGAGAAAAAAUAGCUUCUUGUUGAUGGUGAUCCGUACUGCUCUCUUCGGCCUCCAAGGGACAUGGGUUUUCCAAAUCGCUUUCUCGCUGUAUGUUGCCAAACCAUGGAAGAAUACCCGUGGAAACCGAGAGUUCGUAGGCAUCGUCGCCACUUGGCAUGUCAUGGGUGCUAUGGCACUGAUAAUCACUGGCUUCGUCGUUAUCACUAUCAAAACUCAAGGCAUCAGGCGUAGAGCUGUUGGAGAAGGUUUAGAGGACGGUGAUGAUAAUGAAGAAAAAGAAAGUUUGCUGAAUGUUCAAUAA